AUGGAGCUGGCGGAACAGAUUGACGAUUCGACAUUCUGCACAAUGAAUGACAAAGCCCCCACCAGAGUUAUGGGCACCUGUAAUAGCUCGCCCGAUAAUAUCAUUGCUAGCGGUGGUCUGAUAAAUAGCUUAACCUGGCGACCUAUACUAACUCUCGCAUCAGACCAUCUGCCCAUAAUCAUCUCGAUCGAGAAACCUCCCGAUUUCGUUUCUGUGGACAACCGUACCUUCAGUAACUUUAAUAAAGCUAACUGGGUCGGCUUCACAGAAAGUACUGAGAGCACCUUUAACGCUCUACCCAUUCAUCCGAACGUAUGCGGUGGCGAACGUCGAUUCCGCAAGGUGAUCGCAGCAGCUACCGCCCGCUUCAUCCCGGCUGGAAGAAUAGCGGAAAUCCGCCCCAAUUUCCCGGCCGAAGCAGCUGCCGAUCCCGGGGAUCCCCAAAUAAGGGAUCUCAAUUAG